AUGAUCCUGGGAAAGAUUUCGGAAAGGGCAGAGAGCCCUGAAACACCCGAGUGUGAUGAAAUCCGAGACCUCGUCACCGUUACAGAGGCUUUGGAUGGUAUGGAGUUGGGGCGCUUCCACGCCUGCCAUUUGCUGCGCAUGAUCUUUUUCUGGGCAGUCCUGGCAAUGACGCAGGAGUGCACUCCGUAUCUUUUUCCAGGCUUGCGGAAGUUCUUGCAAGCGGACGACCGGUUCAUCACCAGCUUCGCGGCGGCCUUUCCACUGGGCUGCGUCGUCGGCUCCGCGGCCGCCAGCUUGCUCUUGGAUCGGCUGGGGCGGAGAGGAACUGUGAUUGCCGUCAGCCCCUUUGCCGUUCUGAUUGUGCUUCGGACGUUACAGUCUGUGGUGUUCGCUACCACGAUAACGGCGCUCAGCACAUGGUACAUCGAGUUUCUUCCCACAACCAAUCGUGGGAUGCUGAUGGCUGCCUACAGCCUUGGUUGGCCUGUGGGCCGUGCAGUUGUGAUCUUCACUGCAUCAUUGGCGAGGACGAACUGGACCAGCUUCAUGGCUGUGACCUCCGCUGGCUUUGCUUUGCUCUUUCUGAUCAUGUCCGUGGCGGAGGAGUCCCCACGCUUCCUCGUGGCUUCUGGCAAGCUGUGCGAGGCCAACGAGGUCCUGACCAAGCUCUAUGCCGUCAACCGGCAGAGUCCGUGGCAGCCUUCCCAGCUUUGCCUCCAUAAGACCCAUGUCGGAAACUCGUCAGGCCGUUGCGCAACUGGCACAGCUUGGUCGCAGCUGCUCGAGAGGGAAAACCGCCAAUUGAUGAUCUUUUCCUUGGCGCUUUUUGGAGUUCUGGCCUCUACUACCGUGCUGCUCGAUACAUGGGGCCCAGGGCUGUACCACUCCUUACUCGCCCCAGAGUCGCAAGAACUGCCAACUGGAAUCCUGAUGCUCUUUAACAUCGGCGACUUGACUGGUGUUGCAAUCUCUAUCAUGAUCGUGGAUCGCAUUGGAAGGGCAGGCAGCUUUGUGGUCGGUUUCUUUGUACAGGGCACGCUGUUGGCUCUCAUAACCUUGGUCUCUGCCCACCAUCCUAUACUGUAUAGCUUGCAAGUUUUUUGCGGGACGCUCAGUGCCGCAUGUCGCUGCUUUGGGUGGGAGUCUGCGCAAAUGUGGACUCUGGAAGCCUUUCCCACUGAAAUCCGAGCCAUUGCUUUCAGUACAUCGACUGCAGCCAUGCGUUUCUUUUCGAUUUUGUCCUUGAGAAUGUCUUCACAAUACGUACACAGCUUGAGCGCUGCCACUUCUCUGCGCUUCCUGGCUGGGAUGCUGAUCGCUGGGGGCUUCCUCAGUACAGGACUGCUGCCCAAGGAGACAGCACAGGAGCCCAUGAGUGAGGGAGGAGAUGUAAAACAUUACUGA